AGCAGCCGCCUCCGCCAGUGUACAUAACAGCUCGGAUGGAUAACUCGCGACUUCAAGAGAGCCUGCAGGCGGAAUGGUGCCCCCCUCUGGACACCAGCCUUCUCGCCGCAUUGGUGGCCGAACUGGAAGCAGGGGCGAACGCCGAAGGUCGCCAACUAUCCAAACCAGAACUCGACGCCCUGCGCCAAACACUAUCUGCACUUGCCACUCAAGCAGAACAAGACACAUUCAUCGACGUCGAAAAUGGCCUGAACGCCCUGCAACUGGGCGAGCCCGAAUCGUCGAGCGCCACCGGAGACUCUACCACCAGCUCCCCUGACGACUCCGUAGAAACCCACUCUACUUCCGUCUCUUCCGAUGCAUCACCUCGCUCCUUUAGCUCGCCACUUGGAUUCUUCCAGACGGCCUUCCCGAAUCUGCCUACAGAGAAACUCAUCGGGACGCUAUACAGGUCAGGGGAUUUAGACGACGCGGACAUGAUGUCAGUGUUGGAGGACCUGCUCAAUCUCGAAUACUUGCGGGAGUUGGAAGAUCGUGGGAUGGAUGGGGCCGACGAUGUCGCGUCGGGCAUGCAUUGUGAAGGCCUCCUCGACCUGGUUGAGGCGAAGAAGAAGCGGGCAGCACCUGGGCAAUCGAGGAAGAAGCAAAACAAAGGGAAGACUAUCACCCUCUAUGAUGUUCGCCAACAGCAGCACGUACGACAGAAUACCGCAUCUGCUUUCCGUGCAGCUCCCGAUCCAUGGCACCAGGUCGCAUCCCUCUCUGCGCACCUAGCGUCUCUAUUACCGCCUCAUCCCGAAUCAUAUUUCACGUCCGCAUUCCACUCCCCCGAGCACAAGACUCCUGCCGCAGCCCUCAGGGCGGUCCUUAAAGCGAUUGGCGGAGACCCAGACGAGAAGGAGCGGUCACAUGAAGAAACGCCGAUGCUAUUCAACUUAUUCGAUCUUCUUCAGGAAUCACCCGGGUUUUCUGACCUCAACUCAGAAGAACGCGCCCAAGUCAUGUCGGAUGCGCAACUUGCGCUCGGCGCCACAACCGGCAGACCCGAUGAAGCGAUUGACAUCGUCUGGCUCCUCCGCGAGCUCGACACCGACGCUGACAUGGCUAUGGGUAUCUACCAUUCUCCGGUCCCUACCUCCCCGGUCCUCGAGUACAAUCAACCACCGACACCUACGUCUUCCCAUCAUCGGCCGUCGACAAUGCCCAGCGCGCUGCCGGAUGUGGUGCCUCCAACCGCCAAACGCAAGUCCGCAUCUUCGAAUGGAUGGCAGACGGUUCCGAUACAGAACAAGUCUUCUGCUAUGUACAUGCAUCCUUUGGCCGAGUCCAUCCCUGCAUACAACCCGUUCAAUGGGGCACGCAAAGGCCGCAUUAAGGGCAGCGGCAACGGUUUGGGAAAAGGUGGCAAGGGGGAUGUGGGAGAGCUUCGAGAGGUACAGCGGGCCAAGGCACGGAUGCGUGAGUUGCGGCAGGCGCGGGACAACGCGCUGAGAGAUGCAACGAAAGCAUGGGCUAGAGGACAUAGGGGCUCAAGGGGCGGGGAAGUUGCCUUGUACUACGCGGAGCGGGCGAGAGAGCUUCAAGAACAGUCGAAGAAGGAGGCGUUGAAGGUUGCUCGUGCCAUGGUAGACGCUAAGAGAACGGAUGGAAAGGGAAGGGAAAUAGAUUUACAUGGCACUACAGUGGCGGAAGCUACAGCUAUAGUACGAUCCAUUCUCGCCGAAGAGGACUGUACAGCGACAAACCCGCUCAAGAUCAUCACCGGGAAAGGAAAUCAUUCUGAGAACCGUAUCGGUGUCUUAGGGCCGAACGUCAAAGCUGCGCUUGAGCGUGACGGUUGGCACGUAGCGAAAUGGGACGGAGGGUUGAUGGUCAAGGGGAGAAAAUGAUCAUGGUCUUGUUAGCACGAUUUGUUCAUCUCGAUCGUUCAAUCCACUGGAAGCUGUUCUAUCAUUGCGCAUGUAUUAUCUGUCAUGUAUCGGUAGCAACAUCUGUAGUCUUAGUUAUAAUCAUAGACGUGUACUUGAAUAUCUGGUAGAGGGACGUAGGAUCAGAGACGAGAACACCCUCCAAGCCGAUUCAGAAAGCCUCUGCACAUAUCCCAUGGGCACCUCCCCAGGAAGAUACGAGGAUGGGGAAUCUAGCCAACGCUCGCAAGCCACAAACAUCUCCCUAUCAGGGAAUAUUUCCUCGAUCUCGCACUUGAAACCCUCGGUUUCCAGGCGAUACAGACGACUCAAUUCCCUCCUCCUGCGCCCCUCUUCCGACACAACGCGGGCGGAAACGUCCAGCAACGAAAACACUGGCACUCGCAUCAUCUUCCGAAACAUCUGCCCGAUGGCAUAUUUCUCGUCGAGGAAUAGUGCUUCACAGUCGGGUGAGGUAAGACGGACUUUGGACGUCGCAACGCAGACAGUUCGUCCCGCGCAUACUAGGUGUACUUGCCUCUCCUGGGUGAUAGGUGCUGCAGGAGAUGCGGGUUCGUUCCGAGGUGAAGUUUCGGCAUAUAUGCGCUCAAUGCUGAUAGGCCUAGCAAAGAAUGCACUUAAGAGGCGCUGUAAAUCGCC